AUGAACACAGAGCCCCAAAGCAAAGCAAUGGCUGUAAUAUCUGGAAAUGGGGGAAAGCUUCAAGAAGGGGCUGUUGUGAAUGGAGGCGAGGGUGAUGAUGUUUGCUUUGACCCUUCUGCCCCUCCUCCUUUCAGGGUGGCUGAAAUCAGAGCUUCCAUUCCUAAGCAUUGUUGGGUCAAGGAUCCAUGGAGAUCAAUGGCAUAUGUCAUCAGGGAUAUUUUGGUCAUUUCAUCUUUGGUUGCCAUGGCUGUCUACCUAAAGAACAUUACUUUGGUUUUCUGGCCACUCUAUUGGGUUUCUCAAGGCACAAUGUUUUGGGCAAUCUUUGUUCUUGGUCAUGAUUGUGGGCAUGGAAGCUUUUCGGACAGUGCUACCCUUAAUAGCAUUGUGGGCCAUAUUUUGCAUUCUGCAAUUCUUGUACCCUAUCAUGGCUGGAGGAUUAGUCAUAGAACUCACCAUCAGAAUCACGGGCAUGUUGAGAAUGACGAGUCAUGGGUUCCGAUACCAGAGAAAACGUACAAGAGUUUAGAUGCCAGUACAAAAUUCUUCAGAUUCAAAAUCCCGUUUCCGAUGUUCGCAUAUCCACUAUACCUGUUGAAGAGGAGCCCAGGGAAGAGUGGGUCCCAUUUCAACCCAUAUAGCGAAAUAUUUUCACCAAAUGAGAGGCAUUACAUAGUGACAUCUACGAUAUGUUGGGGAGUUAUGGUUGGUUUGCUUUUCUACAUCGCCAAUCUCAUUGGCCCAAUGCUUUUGUUCAACCUCUAUGGCAUCCCUUAUUUGAUCUUUGUGGCAUGGUUGGAUAUAGUAACGUAUUUGCAUCACCAUGGUUAUGAGAAGAAACUUCCUUGGUAUCGUGGCAAGGAAUGGAGUUAUUUAAGAGGAGGGCUUACAACUGUAGAUCGUGAUUAUGGAUUAUUUAACAACAUUCAUCAUGAUAUUGGCACUCAUGUCAUCCAUCACCUCUUCCCGCAAAUCCCACAUUAUCAUUUAAUCGAAGCUACAAAGGCAGCUAAGCCAGUGCUUGGGGAGUACUAUCGAGAACCUAAAAAGUCUGGAUUGAUACCGAUACAUUUGAUACAGAACUUGAUGAGAAGCAUUCAACAAGAUCAUUUUGUUAGUGACGUUGGUGAUAUAGUUUAUUAUCAAACGGAUGAUGAGUUGACUGGAAAAAGGAAAUGAUGAAAACCUUCAUUUUUGUAAGUUUAAGUUUCUUCACGGCGUAUUAGUGAUUUAUAUAGUGUAGUCUUUUUUCUCUUUAGCAAACUUCUUAAAAAUAAAAUAAAAUUUUGG